AUGGCCGCACCGCCGUCAGCCCCGCGCCUCCUCCUCGCCGGCCUCUCCGCCACGCGCGGCAUCUCUGGCCGGGCCCGCCCGCCGCCCUCCGCCCACGCCGCCGCCACGGCCACCUCCACCCCGGAGGCCUUCCACACGCACCUCGCAUCGCUCGCCGCGCCCUCCCGCGCCAGCCACCCGGCCACGCUCCCCUCCCUCCUCGCCGCGCUCUCCCGCGCCCGCGCCGCGCGGCUGCCGCUGCUACCCGCCACCCGCGCGCUCGCGGCCUCCGCUCUCCUCCGCCACGGCCGCCUCCCCGACGCGCUCGCGCACUUCGGCCUCCUCCCGGGCUCCGCCCCGCUCCCCGCGCCGCUCUGCAACUCCCUGCUCGCCGCGCUCGCGUCGACCGGGUCACUCGCCGCCGCGCGCAAGGUGUUCGACAGAAUGCUGGUUACCGCCACCGAGCUGGACACUGUCGGCUUCGGGGUGUUCGUCAAGAACGUGGGCAGGAGGGACGGGCUGGACGAGGCCCUGCGGCUGGUGGACGCGGUGCACCAUCAGGGGGACUCGAUCAUCAACAGGUCUCUUGUGGCAGCGAUGGUCGUCGAUGGUUUGUGCCGGGAGGGGAGGAUAGAGGAUGCUUGGCGGGCUUUGGAGGAUAUGCGGUUACGUGGAUGGAAGCCCGAUUUUGUAGCGUACAGGAUCGUGUCUGAGGGGUUUAGGGUAGCAGAAAGGGCAGACGAGGAAGGGAGGAUCUUGAAGCAGAAGAGGAAGCUCGGUGUCGCACCAAGGAAGGUGGACUACAGAGAGCUUUUGCUUGCGUUGGUGUCCAACAGGCAGAUCUCUGAGGCGAAGGAGAUGGCGGAUGCCAUUGUAUCAGGCGAUUUCCCCAUUGAUGACGAUGUGUUGAAUGUCCUGGUCUGUUCGGUGUCUGAGAUUGAUGCUGAUGCUGCCAUUAUGUUCUGCGAGUUCAUGAUUGGGCAGGGGAGAUUGCCAAGUACCGAGGUGAUAGUACAGCUUUGCGAGAGCCUUUGCAAGAAUAAGAAGGGUGAUGAGAUGUGGGAAAUGUUUAAGGUUCUCUUGGAUAAGGGUUAUUGGACGAGUGAGAGGGACUACCAUUUGGUGGUGUCAUUCUUGGGUAAGGCAGGAAAGGUGAGAGAGGCAUAUGAUGUGAUCAAGGAGAUAAAAAGAAAGAGGCUAGAUCCUGGCAUUUCUUCAUACAAUUCUCUCAUGGCAACACUCUGUAGAAAUGACCUCCUUAGGCCAGCUAAGAAGUUGUGGGAUGAGAUGUUCACCAGUGGGUGUAGCCCAAAUCUGCAGACCUACAAUAUACUUAUAACAAAAUUUGCAGAGAUUGGUGAAACUGGAGAAGUCCAGCAGCUGUUUGAUCACAUGCUCCAGAAAGGAGUGGCCCCAGAUGACGCAACAUACACUUCAGUCAUUACUAUGCUGUGCCAAGAAAACAAAUAUGAACGGGCUGAGGAAAUCUUUAACAAGUCUGUAGUGCAGGAUCCUAAACUAGCUAGUUCAGUGUUAACUGUACUUAUCCUUGCACUCUGUAAACAAGGUAACUUGAAAGCAGCAUUGAGUGUGAUGUUCAGUGUUCCAUCCAAUAUUGAGAGCUCGAAUUCACAUGUCAUUUUGUUGAAGUUCCUAACGGAUGCCGAGGAAAUAGAAAUGGCCCUUGAACACAUAAAAUGGAUUAAGCGCUGCUGCAGCUCUACGUUUCAGGGCAUAAUGAACGAACUGAUGGCUUCUCUUUCGACUUCUGCUAGUCUUCAACCUGUCACAAAGUUGGUUCGUUAUUUACAUUCUCAGGGGCUUGUUGACGAAGUUGGCCCAUGGAUGAAGAUGAUAGAGAAUGUUUAUGCUUGAAUAACAAUUUCAAUGGUUACCAUAUCAUGACAUCGUAUGAGUUAUCCAUUUUGCUAAUCAGGCCAGAAGUGUCUGGGAUCAUUGGAGGUUUUGUGCUGCUGCUCUAUGUCUAUGCUCCUAUUCCAACAGAAACAUAGAAACCUGGUGUUAUGCUUGGCUGAUAUGAUGUGGCAAUGGCUCGGGAUGACAUUCAGCGAGUGUAAUGAAUUUACCUUUAUCCAAUGAGCAACUCAUAAUAAUGAUACUGCCGCUAUAGUGGGUAUAACAGUGGCAGGGAUGGCAGGUCAGAAUGAUUUCUAUGGCGCUGUAGUGGAUUCUCAUGCUGACCAGGUCCAUUGUGGUAUAGAAAGUGAAGGCAAUUCUUGUUCAUCUCAUCUCCUCCUGAUCCAGAUGAUAAAUGAAUUUCUUUGAGGGAUGCAGCACUGAUCACUGCAAUAUUUGUGUCUGGGUGACAUUUUCAAGAUUGCGUCCUACAUGGCAUCUAAGGUCCCUGCUGUGGAUUCAGCUUGAUUUACGAUAUGAAGACAAGGGCUUAUGCUGCACUCCAUUUCAGAAUUGCGCGUCAAGUUUCUUUGGUUGGGCCAGAUAUUCUCUGAUCUGAUUAUGUGUGUUUUUCAAUAUUUUAGAUGGCUUGGUAGAUUAUUCAUAAAUACUCAUAGGUGUGGUUCAUGAUUUUUUUUUUGAUACUUCUCAUGUAUCUUUAUAGACACAGAACUAUAAGAAAGCAGGGUCAAUAAUUGUAAUUCCUACUUACCCUGUACCCUUCUUGCAUUACA